CCAGUGUCCCUCUGUGUAUUUAUAGUGUGUGUUUCCCUCAGUUCCUCGUUGCGUCGUCUGUGUUCAUCCCCUGUGUCACCCUGCCUGCUCUCCCUGCUGUCUUCCCUCCAUGUUCAGGUUUGCUGCUCUUUGGUUUAGUUUCUCCCAGUUUAGUUCACCCUUGGUUCUGUUUUACCAUCUCCACUUUAUGUUUGGUAUUCGUAAUAAAUCACCCUCACGUCUUAAUAAGCGCUGCAUUUGAGUCCUCCUUCCACACCUCACACGGCCGCUGCCCCGAGCCGUGACAGUACGACGCAACCACAAGAUGGACCCAGCAGCACUUAACCCGUCUAAAGAGCUACGGGAGAACCUCAUCGAUGCCACUCAAGAGCUCAUCGACCUGUGGCUGGAAAGCCAGGAUUACAAGUCCCAGCGCGCUAUAGAGAGGCGGCUACAGCGUCUGGUGACCGGUCUCCCUUGGCUUUUGGGCUCGCUAUACCCGUGGGAGCAGGAAUUUCUCCUUUUGGAUUUGGGACUUCAUCCCCCACCUGCAUUUCCUUCCGAGCAGCCAGUUGCGGUGAGUGAGCGGGAUGCUUUGGCUUCCCCAGAUUCCGGGACUUUAUUUUCUGGGGCUAUUCAGAGCGGGAUGAGAGACAGUCUGUGUAGAUUACCUACCUUUGUGGUAACGGACCCUUCCCAAGUGGGUGUCUAUAAACCUUCUGUUAAACCUAAAGACUGUGUCUCUGCCGCUCCAUCCGAGCCUGGACUUUAUUGCCACUCUCCAGCUCAGUUUUGUGUUCAGCCAUUAGCUCCCCAGUCAGUAGCACAGCCAUUUGCUUCCCAUUCUGUAGCUCAACCGUUAGCCUCCCUAGGAGCACAAUUACCUGUUCUGCCAGCCACUCAGCCACCUUCACCACUAGCAUCACUACAACCCACAUUUCAGUCCAUGGCUCAGUCACGAUCUUCAUUCGCCCCUCUACGGGAAGCUAUGCCCGUGCACCCCUUAAAGGACUGUUUUUCCACCGCUGUUUCUGAGCAGGGAGACAAACUGUUUCAAAAUGGACCUGUUCCUCUAAAGCUGACAACAUUAGAGACUGUUACUCGCUCCAGGGCUUCCCCAGAGGCUGGGUUACAACCCUCAGCUAACUCUGGACCCCUGGAGGCCAAGUUGCCAGCUGUGGACUGUACCCGGCUGUCACUGCCUGAGCAGGGUCAGGGUUCUGUGCAGCUACAGCCCUCCUCGUGUGUGCCAGAGGCCCACGUGCCUACUGGUUUUGUUUCACGUGUACCAGAGGCCCACAAGCCUGCUGGUUUUGUUUUGUGUGUGCCAGGGGCUUCCAUGCCCACUGGUUUUGAGCCUGUUUUCGCUGGGGGGACCGAGGAGCCCAUCCAGCUAUCGCCAUUUCCUGCAGCGCCACCGUCUCCGGCUCCCACGCCGCCGCCUGCAGCGCCUCCAUCUCCGGCUCUCACGCCACCACCAUCUCCGGCUCUCAAGCCGCCGCCUGCAGCGCCUCCGUCUUCGGCUUCCACGCCGCCACCGCCUGCAGCGCCACCGUCUCCGGCUCCCACGCCGCCGCCUGCAGCGCCUCCAUCUCCGGCUCUCACGCCGCCACCAUCUCCGGCUCUCAAGCCGCCGCCUGCAGCGCCUCCGUCUUCGGCUUCCACGCCGCGACCGCCUGCAGCGCCUCCGUCUCCGGCUCUCACGCCGCCACCGCCUGCAGCGCCUCCGUCUCCGGCUCUCACGCCGCCACCGCCUGCAGCGCCUCCGUCUCCGGCUCUCACGCCGCCACCGCCUGCAGCGCCUCCGUCUCCGGCUCUCACGCCGCCACCGCCUGCAGCGCCUCCGUCUCCGGCUCUCACGCCGCCACCGCCUUCGUCUGCAGCGCAUUCACCUACGGCUUCCACGCCUCCGCCUGCAGCGCCAUCGUCUCAGGCAUCUUCACUAGCUGCAGCCUCUUCGUCUUCACCAGCAGCACCAGCGGCGCCAUCACCGCCUGCACCAGCGGCGCCAUCACCGCCUGCACCAGCGGCGCCAUCACCCAUCAUCAUCAUCUUUAGCCUCAUCCACGUCUGGUCCGGCCUUCGUGUCUGCAUCGUCGCCUGGCCCGGCCUUCGUGUCUGCAUCGUCGCCUGGCCCGGCCUUCGUGUCUGCAUCGUCGCCUGGCCCGGCCUCCUCAUCGGCUUCAUCAUCCUCGCCUGCUGCUUCAGCUGCAGCAUUCUCAUCAUCGCCUGCUGCUUCAGCUUCAGCCUCGCCUGGCCCGGCCUCUGCCGCUGGAUGGUCGUCAUUGCCGAUGUGGAUGCCCUCCUGAACAAAGUGGUUGCCGCCACUGCCUUCCGCGUGGCCGGCCUCCGGACCUCUGUGGCCGCCACCGCCUUCCGCGUGGACGGCCUCCAGAUUACUGUGGCCGCCACCGCCUUCCGCGUGGCCGGCCUCCUGAACUGCCCCGUCCUGGCCUUCUGUGUUGUCGGGCCCCAGGCCGGCCACCUGAACUAUGUUUCAGUAUCUGCUCCCCUAUGA